AUGGGAGGAGGCCCCAGGACCCCGACCCUCACGGCCCUCCUCUGCCUGGGGCUGUGUGGGGGCCCCUGGGACCAGGUCCGGGCAGAGGCCUUCCCCAGACCCUCCCUCCGGGCCGACCCAGGCACCAUGGUCAGCAAGGGCAGCCCUGUGACCCUCUGGUGUCAGGCGUCUCUGCGGGCUGAUGCCUACGGUCUGUAUAAAGAGAGGGGCUCUGAGCCCCGGCUUACGAGGAUCCCACAGGCCUCCAGCAACAAGACCGGGUUCCGCAUUCCAUCCACGACAUCACACGAUGCAGGGCUAUACGAGUGUGCCUACAGCCUUGGGCGCAACCUGUCGGAGCGCAGUGAGCCCCUCGUCCUGGUGGUGACGGGAGUGGACAGCGCCCCCUCCCUCGCAGCCCAGCCAAGCCCGGUGGUGGCCUCAGGGGGGAACGUGUCCCUCGUGUGUACCUCACAGUCCACAUCCGGCCCUUUCCACCUGCUGAACGAGGGAGGGGCUCAGCCGCCGUUACGCAUGGAACCGGAACGGAGGUCCAACGAUGGGAGGUGGCAGGCGGUCUUCCCUGUGGGCCCCGUGAGUGCCUCCCAUGGCGGGACCUACAGAUGCUAUGCUUCUCACAGCUCCUACCCUAAUAUGUGGUCACACCCCAGUGACCCUCUGCACAUCGAAGUCACAGGCGUGUACAGGUCGCCCUCCCUCCGGGCCCAGCCAGGCUCCCUGCUGCUGCCUGGGGACAGCCUGACCCUCCAGUGUCGCUCGGAGCCCGGCUUUGACAGAUUCGCUCUGACCAAGGAUGAGGGGCCCACACCCCCUCAGCAUCUCGAGGGGCAGCGCAGCCCCGACUUCCCCCUGGGCCCUGUGACCCGCACCCACGGGGGCCGGUACAGGUGCUACAGCGGACACAGCAUCUCCCAUGCGUGGUCGGCCCCCAGCGCCCCCCUGGACGUCCUGAUCGCGGGAGCGGACAGCAAACCCUCCCUGUCGGCCUGGCCGCCGCCCCCGGUGCCCAGGGGAGCGAACGUGACCCUGCUGUGUCGAUCUGAGACCAGGGCUGACACCUUCCACCUGCACAGGGAGGGCUCCCUGGACCCUCCCCUGGAGCUUCGUCUGCAGGGCACGGCUGCCCCCUCGGAGGCCACCUUCACCAUCAGUCCUGUGACCUCGGGCCACAGUGGGACCUACAGUUGCUACAGCUCCCACAGCGCCUCCCCCUUCCUGCUCUCACAGCCCAGUGACCCCCUGGAGCUCCUGGUCCCAGUCCAGGGUCACCAAUGGUCCCUGAAGAUCCUGAUCGGGGCCUCGGUGACCUCCGUCCUUCUGCUCGCCCUCCUCCUCUUCCUCUUCUUCCGAUGCCAGCGUCAGAGCAAAGUCAGGACGUUGGAUGCUGCCGUGAAGGACCCACAGGCUGGGGAGGGCGUGGAGCUGGACCCUCGGCAGAACAGGCCCCAUGACGACCGCGAGGGAGUGACAUAUGCCCAGGUGAACCGUUCAAGAUCAAGGCUCAGGCAGGGAAUGGCCUCCUCUCCUUCAUCAUCAAGAUUAUGGGACAAGAAGGGCAGAAAAGAAGAAGGGGAAAGACAGAUGGACAGACAGGCUGCUGCACCUGCUGCCCCCCAGGAGGUGACCUAUGCCCAGCUGAACCACUUCACCCUCAGACGGGAGACGAGUGCACCCCCUUCCUCCCUGUCAGAGGAGCCCCCGGCUGAGCCCAGUGUGUACGCUGCUCUGGCCGUCCACUUGCCCAGGAAGGACCGAGACCCCACACUCUAGGGAGGGGGUCUGCAGGGGCCCCAGAAGGCACAGGAGUUCCCCCCAAGGACACUCAGCAGUGGCCCCGGCCAGCCUGGUGACCUGAGAUGGACCCCCAGCAGCUUCUGGGCCCCCCUGGGAGCCCCCUGCUUCUGCAAUCACAGCCAACUACUACCCCUACACCUUGGGAUCAAAGCAGCAGACUUCUCAAGAAUCAAUGUGUGAAUUUACAACCAAAAUGGAAGUGGGGGAAUGCUUUCAAGGAAUGAUAAUGUAAAUACUACACAUCAAACCUACAAAAUGGAAAAUUAAGACUAUCUUAGAAAAGAAAAAGGCCAAGACAAAAAUCAACCUAAGCGUCCUUCCACAAAUGUUGAGGUAAAGUUGUGGUAUCUGUGAAAGGAAUGUUACUCAGCCAUAAAAAAUAAAAUACU